CUUGGUCUUCUCUUUGAAUGCAGCAAGGCGAGCCCUACUUCCCGGAAGUUGCUGUCGAAGUGAAUGGUAGGUUUGAAAUGCCUGCAACAUGGCGUGUGCACAGCAAUCUGCCACUGAGUACCUCAGAAACGCCAGGAAAAAACUGGUGACUCAUAUGAAGAACUUUCCUCUGAUCAUUGAGAAUCUUUAUCAGCAGAAUGUUUUCAAUGACUAUGAGGUCGAUGCUCUCAAAGCUGAGAGGACAGAGUUUGAUAAAGCCAGAUGUAUAUUAGAUUGGGUCAUUAACAAAGGUGAAAUGGCCAGUUAUGAAUUACUCAGGAUUCUGGAUGUCACUAAGAAGAGGACAUUAGAUCCUGGUUUACACUACUGGAUCAGCUGUUUUUCCUUCAGAGUGGAAGAUACAGAGCCCAGCUAUUUAUUUGGUGCAAAGCCCUGUAAAAGCUACCAGACACAGCUCAAGAUGAAAGCAAAAAGUAUCCUGAAGGACCAACGGGAACAUAGCUGUAAAUAUCUGGAUGACAAGGUACAAGGAAACUUCAGUUUCAUACCUCUUGUUUUAGAGAGAGACUCUGUGGUGAAAACUCCUCAAUGCGAAAUAAAAUCAAAAAACAAAAAAUGCAAAAAGCUACGACCCAAGAAGCUGAGAGCUUACAUUCCUAAUGAGGAACAAGCACUAUCACCUGAGGAUCUCCUGAAAUGGCAGGACAAGAACAUCCUCGUCAUUGGCAAACCUGGAGUAGGAAAGACUACAGUUGUCCAGGAAAUGUUGCGUAUUUGGGCAGAGAAAGAUGGCAGAGAAAUCGACUACAUGUUUUACUUUGAUGAAAGUGUUUUGGCCCACAGUUCUAAUAUUGCCAGUUUGCAGUCUAUUUUGUUUGAUGUGUAUUUAAAACCCAUGGAAAAUGACAGAAUGGAUGUUUUUAAAGAUAUUGAAGAAAACUCAGAGAAUGUUGUUCUUAUAUUGGAUGGAGUGAUGGAUUUUGGAAAACAUUCCAUCUUGUGGAAGAUCAUGAACCACGAGCUCCUGCCCGAUGCCAAGAUUGUGAUAACAUGCAGAUCAGAGGUGGAAUAUGAUCCACUUUUCUGCAACUGGCCGACACAGAAAGUGUAUGUCCAAGGGUACAGUAAAGAGUCUAUCAGCACAUACUACCAUACUAUGUUGGGUCAUGAUCCUGUUCUUCUAGAAGUUGUUUUGAAAAAUCAAGAGUUGUUCAGUCUCAGUCAUGUUCCAUUGUAUGCAUCCAUGAUUGUUGACUUGAUGCAAUUUAAAAAUGGCACAGUAUUCGACCAUCCACACACAGUUACAGAGAUGUACAUCCACAUUUUCCGUGCUGCUGUGAAGAAACCAAUUAAGCAAAUAGAUAAAUACCUGAAAGACAUCAAAGAUCAGGUCUAUUACUUGAUGGAAAACGCAUUCAAUGCAACUAUGCAGAAAACCCUAAACGUUAUUAGCUGUGAUGAGACAGACAUUUGUCACGCUUUUCUCAAAAUGAUCACAAUAAGAGACUCGCCAACAUCUGCAAUGACAUACUGUGCGUUUCUCCACAACACAAUGCAGGAAUUCUUUUCAGCUUUGUGGCUUCUUGGACAUCCAGAUGAAAUUGAAAAAAUCCUACAGCUCUGUCAGACUGAAGAGCAUAAACACAUGAGACAUGUUCUUCCUUUCUUAUGUGGACUUCUGAGUGAACACAACAUCAGACUCCUCAAGUGUCUCUUCCCAGAGGAUCAGACAAAGAAAACUUCUGAUUGGUUCAUUGAGAAACUUUUGGACACUUUUCUCCAGCCUCAGAGUGACAGUGAAGAGUUUGAUCUUCUCUAUGUGUGUCAGUGCUUGUAUGAACUCCAGUCUCCUAAAGCCUGCUUAAUGUUCCUGGAGAAGAUGGACCAUCAGCUUGAACCAGAAGUGGAUCUUGAUCCUCAUCAGUGUUGUGCUUUGUCUUAUGUGAUCGCUCAAUCCAGAGAUAAAGAGGUUUAUCUGAAUCUGGAAGACUGUACCAUAGCUGAUGUGGGAAUGAACAUGAUGCUCAGCUGCUCGCCAAAUAUAAGGUUAAAUAUUUGUAAAGAACCACUGGCGCAAACCACAUUCUUUCUAGAAUUCUUCCAUAAAGCAUCUCAAUGCGGUUGCAGCUUUUUUGAUCAGAGAUACAAUUGCAACCACGAACCACUCAAUAUACUUCUGGAUCUUUACUCGCAUGUAAACAACUAUGAGACUCAAACAGGCAGAAGUUUCCUUCCAGCAUUACAGUCAGUUUUCCAGUCAGCACCUGAUGUCUGGAUCAUAGAUCUCUCACAGAGAAAGACCUCAAUCCUCCUGGAAGUGCUGAAACUCCAAACAGAGAAGAAACCAGUAGAGCUGAGAGGAUGUUCAGAGGAAGAGAGAGAAGUGAUGAGUUUCCUUCAGUGUCUGCCCUACAUCUCACAGCUGAGAAUCUCUAAUCUGAGUGAAAGUGUUCAAAAAAGGCUUCUUCUGAGUCUCUUCAUUAAAGCAGCAGAGAUUGAGACACAGACAGGAGAGCAGAUGCUGAAACUGUUAACAUCUGGCUGCAUUUACAGCUUUUUUCCUUACAGAUGGACUUUCAGUAUUGAAUGGAGUGAUUUCCUGCUAAUUUUUUACUCACAUGUGAAGAACUAUGAGACUCAAACAAGCAGGAGUUUUCUUCCAGCACUACAGUCAGUUUUCCAGUCAGCACCUGAUGUCUGGAUCAUAGAUCUUUCACAGAGAAAGAUCUCUGCCCUCCUGGAAGUGCUGAAACUCCAAACAGAGAAGAAACCAGUAGAGCUGAGAGGAAGUUCAGAGGAAGAGAGUGAAGUGAUGAGUUUACUUCAGUGUCUGCCCUACAUCUCACAGCUGAGGUUUUACCUUUGGAAUGGCAUUUCUGCAGCACAGUUUGUUCUGAGACUCUUCAUUAAAGCAGCAGAGAUUGAGACACAGACAGGAGAGCAGAUGCUGAAACUGUUAUCAUCAGUCUGCAGCUACAGCUCUUUUCCUUAUGAAAGGACAUACAGAAUUAAACAGAGUGAUUUCCUGCUGGAUCUUUGCUCAUAUGUGAAGAACUAUGAGACUCAAACAGGCAGGAGUUUCCUUCCAGCAUUACAGUCAGUUUUCCAGUCAGCACCUGAUGUCUGGAUCAUAGAUGUCUCACAGAGAAAGAGCUCCGUCCUCCUGGAAGUGCUGAAACUUCAAACAGAGAAGAAACCAGUAGAGCUGAGCGGAUGUUCAGAGGAAGAGAGUGAAGUGAUGAGUUUACUUCAGUGUCUGCCCUACAUCUCACAGCUGAGGUUUUACCUUUGGAAUGGCAUUUCUGCAGCACAGUUUGUUCUGAGACUCUUCAUUAAAGCAGCAGAGAUUGAGACACAGACAGGAGAGCAGAUGCUGAAACUGUUAUCAUCAGUCUGCAGCUACAGCUCUUUUCCUUAUGAAAGGACAUACAGAAUUAAACAGAGUGAUUUCCUGCUGGAUCUUUGCUCAUAUGUGAAGAACUAUGAGACUCAAACAGGCAGGAGUUUCCUUCCAGCAUUACAGUCAGUUUUCCAGUCACCUGAUGUCUGGAGCAUAGAUCUCUCACAGAGAAAGAUCUCUGCCCUCCUGGAAGUGCUGAAACUUCAAACAGAGAAGAAACAAGUAAAGUUAUUCGAAUGUUCAGAGGAAGAGACUGAAAUGAAGAGUUUUCUUCAGUGUCUGCCCUACAUCUCACAGCUGAGAUUCUUUAAUCUGCAUGAAAGUUUUCAAAACAGAUUUCUUCUGAAACUCUUCAUUAAAGCAGCAGAGAUUGAGACACAGACAGGAGAGCAGAUGCUGAAACUGUUAUCAUCAGUCUGUAGCUACAGCUCUUUUCCUUAUGAAAUGACUGACAUAAUUAAACAGAUUGAUUUCCUGCUGGAUCUUUGCUCACAUGUGAAGAACUACGAGACUCAAACAGGCAGGAGUUUUCUUCCAGCAUUACAGUCAGUUUUCCAGUCACCUGAUGUCUGGAUCAUAGAUCUCUCACAGAGAAAGAGCUCCGUCCUCCUGGAAGUGCUGAAACUCCAAACAGGGAAGAAACCAGUAGAGCUGAGCGGAUGUUCAGAGGAAGAGAGUGAAAUGAUGAGUUUCCUUCAGUGUCUGCCCUACAUCUCACAGCUGAGAAUCUCUAAUCUGAAUGAAAGUGUUCAAAACAGAUUUCUCCUGAAACUCUUCAUUAAAGCAGCAGAGAUUGAGAAACAGACAAGAGAGCAGAUGCUGAAACUGUUAACAUCACUCUGCAUCUACAGCUUUUUUAAUCAUGAAAGAAUAAAUGAUUUCCUGCUGGAUCUUUGCUCACAUGUGAAGGACUAUGAGACUCAAACAGGCAGGAGUUUUCUUCCAGCAUUCCAGUCAGUUUUCCAGUCAGCUGAUGUCUGGAUCAUAGAUCUCUCACAGAGAAAGAUCUCUGCCCUCCUGGAAGUGCUGAAACUCCAAACAGAGAAGAAACCAGUAGAGCUGAGAGGAUGUUCAGAGGAAGAGAGUGAAGUGAUGAGUUUCCUUCAGUGUCUGCCCUACAUCUCACAGCUGAGUGUUAUAGGGUGAUGCAUUAUGACCAUACACUGAGGGGUUGCCUUCAGUGUGACAACAUAAGGGACAAAAAAUACUGAUUUGAAGGACAAA